GCUCUCGGAUUUCCAAGUCUGCGUGGUUGCCAGCUUUGGCACUCAUCACUCAUUCUCUCUCAAAGUGCCUGUCGCUCGACCUUCCCCAGUGCUACUCUUGUGCGCGUCUUGGACUCGUCCUCGACCACCAGUCCCAACCGAUUAUCAGCUCGCUUUCCUUGGCAACUAUGCCUACCCAGCGAUCUUAUACUGCUGGAAGCGACUCUAUCGAGACCGCUUGCUCGCAGCUCGAUCGAUUCAUCGAAGGUUUGCUUGAGCAGGUAACUGAUCUCGUCGACACCAUCACACGAGAGCAGCAGGACACGUUUGCGAGCGUGACGGCGUUGACUCUGCGCCAGCAUACCCACGCCUCCAAGCAUGCCAUUAAGCGGCUUUCAUCCCGUAUCCCGUUCAUCCGCCGCGCGCAGGAGAACAAGACAUUGCUCAGCCCCGUCCAAUGGCUGCCGUCAGAGCUUCUGUCAUAUAUUUUUGUUCUCGCCGUUCCCGACCUGUGGCUCAGGGCUCCUAGUGGAGGAAUGGCGCUUCCAUUCGCCUUGGUGUGCUCCAGGUGGCGCGCGAUAGCACUUUCUACGCCUCAGCUCUGGAGUCACAUCGCCAUCUCGUCUCGGCAGCCUUGGGACGAAGAACGUCGCACUACUAUACGAUCGCGACAGGAUAGCGACACUCUGAUGAGCAUCGCGAAUGCGUACAUUGCUCGGUCCGCAGGUGCACCUCUUACGGUCGUCUACGCUACGCACUGGGUGGAUCUUUGUUACCAACGUAGAGUCAUUGACCAUCAGCAACGCCUCAAUGUCUGCAAACGCUUACUUCAAGAAUCGGCUAGAUGGAAGGCGGUGAAAUUGGAGUGCUCGAUGGAAUGCUUUGAUUGCUGGACCAGGGUGCCAUUCCCUGGCCUGGAGUCUCUGAAUUUCGGAGCAGUCGAGGACUCGGUGGAUGGGUACAAUCUGAUCAGUUUCUUCAGCGAUGCACCGCUGCGUCGCCUCACCGUACGAGGAAACAUUUUGCCGCCUCAGCGAUCCGUGCAAUGGCCCACUGCAUGGCGGUUAUCCCACCUGCAUCUUGCUGAUGUCUCUACUUGCCACAUCGUCGAGGCAUUGGCCGCGUUCGCACCUCAUCUAGAGGAUGUUGAGGUUCGGAAUAAUGCCUCAUCCAGCACCUCACGCACGGCCUGUCCGUUCUCAACUUUGCCCAAGCUCCAUACCUUGGAGAUAUCUGGAAGCGCGAUGCCCGCCAUACGCUUGCAGGCCCCGGCCCUGAAACGACUGGUUCUGAGCGACGGC